GCCCUUGUCCUUUCCUCAGUUCCUCUACGCCGUCUCCCGCCCACUGGGCGCCGCUGGCUAGCCGGGCUACAGAGUAAGCCUCCGGCAGGGUAGAGUGACAACUCCCCGAUCGGAAGUUACUGUUGAAGCUAAGGCGGCCAUAACUGAUAAUGGCAAAAGGAGAUUCCUGGCUUCCUGUUUCCAGGGUGACGUAGAUUUUUUUUCCUUCGCCAGUCUCACCGUUACCCGGGGCAACAGCUGAGCCGUCUGGGAAGGGCUGCAUCUUUUCUUCUGUAUGCUUGAGUCAAGAACUCUCAGUCAUCUUGGUAAUACCGGGUUGGAUGCUUAAAGCUGCAGCAAAAAGACCAGAACUUUCAGGGCUUCUCAAAUUUAAUAACUGUGGAAUCUUAUCAGAAAGUCCAUUAACAUCUCAAAGAACAACGUGGUUAUUGUAUCAAUCAUCAUCCUUUAUACCAGGAUUUGCAUAUCCUUCAAGAUGCCUGAAGACAAUCGGAGGGGUAUACAAGCAAGCAAGGAAAAAACACUAUAUCCAACAACUUAGAUAUGGCGGAAGUGAAGUCGAUGUUCCGGGAAGUUCUUCCAAAGCAAGGGCCAUUGUUUGUGGAAGAUAUAACGACAAUGGUGCUGUGUAAACCCAAACUUUUACCCUUAAAAUCUCUGACUCUGGAAAAACUAGAGAAAAUGCAUCAAGCAGCACAGAAUACAAUUCGCCAACAAGAAAUGGCAGAAAAGGAUCAACGGCAAAUAACCCACUGAAUGAUAACUGAGCACUUUAGGGAACAACCUGCCUUAUCCACUAUUUAACAAUAACUAGAAAAUAUGCUUCUGUGUGCUGAAAGUAGUAUGUGUUACUAUUCUCAAUAAAAUUGAUAGUAUUCAUAGAAAUACAAAAAUAUCCAAGAUUGAUGAAAUUUGUAUUGGGAAUGUAAACACUCUGGUUUGUAUUGAACAUAAACAGUUAAACUAUGAACCAAGUUUUAUGGGGUUUAAGUCAUGUUUUUAGAAUUGCAAAUUAAAUUAUCUGUUCACCAUUCCUAUUGCUAUCUUUUAUAGAUUAACAUUUUUGGGCACAAGGGACUAAAUACAACUUUUAUAUACAGAGGAUCUUUACAUGUUUAUUAAAUCUGAAUUUGAAGAUACAUUCCAAUCUUGCAUAAAGUGUUUGUUGGGCUUUUACAUUACGUAAUUAAAAAACAAAAAUUUUUAACCAAUUUUAUGUGCCAUGUCACGUUUAAUGCUAUCUUGUGUGACCAGAUCCCACCAGUAAUGACAAAACUGUCUUAAACCUCAUUUUUUUUUUAUUUGAGACAGAGUUUCACUCUUGUUGCCCAAACAAGAGCAAUGGCACCAUCUCGACUCACUGCAACCUCUGCCUCCCAGGUUCAAGCAAUUCUCCUGCCUCAGCCUCCCAAGUAGCUGGGAUUACAGGCAUGCGCCACCAUGCCUGGCUACUUUUGUAUUUUUAGUAGAGACAGGGUUUCUUCAUGUUGGUCAAGCUGGUCAUGAACUCCCAACCUCAGAUGAUCCACCCACCUCAGCCUCCCAAAGUGCUGGGAUUACAGGCAUGAGCCACCGCGCCCAGCCCUUAAAUCUCAUUUUUAAGAAACCCUCACCUUUUCUGUAGUCAGCUAAGCUUUUAAUUACAUUAAUUUUAAGCACUUGAGAAUAAAAUGACUGCAUUUAUCAUCCAAGUGUCAAACAAUUAAAAACCUAAAAAUGGUAACUAUAUUUAUAUAAGCCGAGGUAAUAUGGGCUUCAUAAAGCCCAUGAGGUAAAUAUGAACAUUAAACUUGGUUUUAAUUCUAACAGACUAUAUCUAAACCUGUAAGCAGUAUACUCCUAACAGUACCCUCAUAAAUUCUGAAUAUAAUUCUUGUUUGCUGCAGUCAAUAUUUGGCAGUUUAAAUUAGCAUAGACCUUGAGGCCUUGCUGAGUUAUUAGGCUAUGUAAAAGAGGUUAAAAAUAUGAUCAUUCUUUAUUGUUAAUUGGUAAUAUUUUCUCAUACAUUAGGUAAAUGUCAAGCUUUGGGUCUUUGGAGUAUAACUUUUUGUAACACUAACCAUUAUUUGGUAACAGAAUUUAAGGAUGAUGGAAUGAUGGAAGGUAUUACAUAUUUCUAAAACUUAAUUAAGCUCUAGGUCAGAUAAUAAUGGAGUAAAGUGACACCUGCAUUUUUUUCCCCAGUGUAAUCUUAAUUUACUAUUGUAUUUUUCACUUUAAAUUUUGUAGGGAAAAAAAGUUUUCAAGGGAACACUAAGAUUAAAUUGACUAGGUUCAAAUAUGCUUCCUUAUGAGAUUCAAAAUUUACUGUGUGAAAUUAAAGUUUAAGAGACCUAAAAUAAUGUACUCCCAAUAAAGAAUCAACACUGCUUCA